UUUAAUUCCUUAUCAAUGUAUGUUAAUAUCCCCAAUUGGCUGUGGAACAUUUUAAAUUUCAGAGUUAGUGGGAACGACAUACUAAAUGGCGAUCACAAGACAGAAGAGGGAAAAGUUUCUAAUCAAGCCUCAUGUCACAUACCUUUUGCACGGGGCAUGCCAGAUGAUACAGUAAAGCUUCCAUAUUCUGGAAUCAAACCUGAAAUGUUUGAAAGAAUUCUGAAGUUUCUUUAUACUGGGCAGAUUGAGAUUCCUCAAGAUAAAUUCGAACAGGUUGAAAAGUUUUCAAAAGAAUAUGAAAUUCAAAGUCUUAUUGAUAUCUGUAGAGUUUAUAACGAAAAGCAAGAUGAAAUUGAUGAUGCAGAGAUUGAAGAGCCAGUAACAGUCGUAGUGGAAUCCAAUGACACCAACUGUCAUUUAAAAGAAGUAAAUAUGUCACCAAAGAAAUUUAAAUGCUUGGACUGCCACAAGGCAUUCAACAACUCCAGCAGUCUAUCAGAGCAUUACGCUUUAUUUCGCCACGGCCAAUUAGACGAAAUACCUCCAUGCAAAGACUGCGGUGUGUCGUUUUCCACAAAAGAAAAUGAAGCCGACCAUAUUUGCAAGAAUAUCUUAAACACUGUGAAUCCAGAUGAAAUUUCUGAUACCUGUUCAUAUUGUGCAAUGAAAUGUGAAAAUUUAUCAAUGUUACGAGAACACGAGAAAUCUCAUCAUUGUCAGAAAUGUAACAGGGUUUUCAAUUCCAUAGAAUACUGUGCAUUCCACACCUGUGAGCCCCGUAGUAAGAGAAUUUCAUAUGAAUGCGUAGAAUGCAAGAAGGUUUACACAAGUAAACAGUGUUUCACUAAUCAUCGGAAAGUGCACACUGCUGAUGAUAGCCUGACUUGCCAGUUUUGUGGAAAGAAAUUUCUUCAUCGUUUGCCAUUGAAGAAACAUAUCCUAACUCACACAGAAGCUGGGAAUUUAAAGCAUUCCUGUAAUGUGUGCGGAGAAGAAUUCAGAUUGAAAGUCAAACUUUACAACCACUGCAUCAAAUUCAGUCAUAUGUUGGAUGAAGUUCCAUACAAGUGCCAGACAUGUGGGAGUGUGUUUUCAAAUGAUCGGGAUUUGAACAAUCACUUCAGGACACACACGGCUGCUAAACCUUUCCAGUGCGGAGAAUGUGAUAAAACCUACAGUUCAAAACUGGGAUUAAAGCUUCAUAUUAAUUCUCACCACCUCAAGAAAGCUACUCACAAAUGCUCGAAAUGUGGUCGCAAAUUUGCUCAAUCUUCACAUUUACAUGAUCAUAUGAGGACCCACUCGAGCGAGAAGAGACAUGUAUGCUCGUUUUGUGGAUUGGCUGUAGCUAGCAAGAUUAAUCUUAAACGGCACGAAAGCAAACACACAGGUGAUCGUUCCUUAAUAUGUCGAGUUUGUCACAAAACAUUCGCCGUGCGACAUGAUUUAAGGAGGCAUAUGAGAUCUCAUGAACCUGUUAGCAGCUCAGAAGGCAGCAAUAUUGAAGAAAUAAUACAAGAUAUGGUUUAUUCUAGAAGUAACGGUGACAUGGACACUACUUGAAGGAAAAUUGUUUCAUACAAGCUUGUAUGUUUUGGGCUCGUGUUUUCAAAUUGAAAAAACUUCAAUGAUAAUCAUUUUUACCACGGUUCCCACUUUGUAUGCCCAGUUUAUCAUCAUCAAGCCCAUGUAUUCGAAAACAAAUAACUGGCUAACUAAUUCCAUACCCGACAUGGACUAGUAACCAGAUGAGAGGUCAUGGUUCGUCAUAUGAUUAAACCGUAAACAUCUAUUGUACCAAGUGGCACAGUAUACGCAGGUGCAGAUGACAUGUGGGAAAUCGGCUGACGAUUCAUUAUUUUCAUCGUUAUUCAACUCAUUUUUUUCAAGCAAAGUUACUUUAUUUUUUAUUUGAACUAUGCGCAAUUAUCCCCAAACUUUAAAACUUAUAUCCAUAAAAACUAUAGUCAUAAUUUAAGCACAAGUGGUCUGAAUGCAAAACUUCGGUAGGCCGGAUCUGACCAGUGGGCCAUAAUUUGCCCACCCCUGACCUAGAGUGAUAUUCGUAGUCACGAGUUGUUUACAAAAUCUGUUUCACACAAAGCCAUAUAUGUCAGUUGGUGAGGAAGCCUUUUGUGCAGAAGGAUCUCAUUUGACAUGAAUUCAUCCAUCUGCACGAAGAUUUAUAUUUGUCAUAGCCCAAAAGAUAUUUAUUUGACCGACAAGACUGUACUAGACAUGCAGUGUUGGUCAGCACACUGGAACUUGUUAACAUCGCCUGAUGAAGCUUAACUCUUCAGUAGGUUUCCACUGCACAUUUUUGGAUUUCUAAACAGCUGUCAAGUUUAUUGAUUGAUUAUUGUUUCUUUUGUUUUUAUAAAUGCUUUUCAUCAAAAGGUGUGAUUUUUUUUAGCAAUUUUUCAUAAAUUUCUCUGUUUGAAA